AAAAAGAAAAACAAAAACAGAAGAUUAUGUUUCCCUCUUAGUGUAUCUAAAAUUAGGGCAACCUCGAACCCUGAAAGUUGUUCCUUAUAUAAAAUCUCCCAAGCGCCUCCAUUUUCUACCCCUCUUCCGUUCGUGCUGGAGCUGAUAGUGAAGGCGAAGGCAAGGCGUGUUACUCUAUCUGAUUGAACAAAAAUGUACACUUCUAGGAAGAAAAUUCACAAGGAUAAGGAUGCAGAGCCCACUGAACUUGAGGAGACAGUUGCACAGUAUUUAUUUGACUUGGAGAAUACCAACCAGGAUCUGAAAAGUGACUUGAAGGAUCUCUAUAUAAAUCAAGCAAUUCAAAUGGAUGUGGCCAAUAAUCGCAAGGCUGUAGUCAUCUAUGUGCCUUUCAGAUUGAGAAAAGCAUUCCACAAGAUUCAUCUCCGACUUGUUAGGGAGUUGGAGAAGAAAUUUAGCGGGAAGGAUGUUAUUAUGAUUGCCACAAGGAGGAUCUUGCGGCCACCAAAGAAGGGCUCUGCCGUUCAGCGUCCCAGGACCCGGACAUUGACUGCAGUUCAUGAUGCCAUGCUAGAGGAUGUUGUAUAUCCUGCGGAGAUUGUUGGAAAAAGGGUCAGAUAUAGAAUUGAUGGUUCAAAAAUAAUGAAGGUUUUCUUGGACCCCAAGGAGCGCAAUAACACUGAGUACAAGCUGGAUACUUUUUCUGGAGUUUACAGGAAGCUUACUGGAAAAGAUGUAGUAUUUGAUUAUCCAGUCACAGAAGCCUGAUAAGCUGCUUGGUUUAGUGGAGGAUAGCUUUUUUGCAGUUUUUGUUAGAACCAACCACACAUGUUGAACAAUAUCCAAAAUUUUGACUUCUGGAAUUUUAUUUACUGCGUCUUUUCCUUGAUGCAUUAAAAUUACUAAGGAGUACUUUCUGUGGCCGUAGAACAGGUAUUUAGAGUGUGUGCGCUUGAUGAGGCCUUGGUUUAGAUUGAUUUCCUUUUGGCUAACAUUGAAGCUUGGCUUUAUCUGUUGCAAGACUGUUUGUAUUUACAUUGGAGUUUGCCUUUAUAAAAUAUCUCAUUUGUCAAAA